AUGGGAAAUAAUAUAAGCUCUAGUAAAAAUGAUAGUUCAUUAAGAGGGCCUCAAUACAUUGAGAGUCAUAAAUCAUCUAUCAAAAAUUUACGUAUUUCUUCAUCAACUAAAAAUAAUUCAGGAAACAAAAUAAAUAUAAACAACAAUAAUACUAGUAAAGAUAAGAUUAACCCUAUUGAAAUGAAGGCUAUCCCUAUAGAACCAGUCACAGCUAUCAAUAUUGGAAAACGAUCUUCAUCUGAAGGGACUUAUUUAGAGAGUACAGCCAAUUCAGAUAGAAAACAAAAAGUAUCUAUAGAGAUUGAUCGAGAUAAACUCACUUCACCGUCACCAGAACGUUAUGAGGCUCAUAAUAGACGAAUUAAAUCAUCUCAACAACAGACAAGUUAUUAUCGGCAAAGCAAACAUUUUUUUCCUCCAGACCAACAUGGCUCUACGUUUACUGCAACGAGUGGAUUUAGUAGUCAUUUUGGUGAACAGUUUCAUUUUUCUGUCUUGGCCGACUCAGCUAUCACUGAUCUUACUAAUGUAUCUUCCUUUUCUUUUAAUUCCUUUUUCGAUAAAUUGGGAGAUGACAACAUGAAUAAUUACAUCAUGGCAACCCCUGAUUUGGAUUUUAUUGACAAUACUGUGUUACCUCUUCGUUCAAACAACAUCAUACCUUCACUAGACUAUCUCUCUACGGCGGAUGAGAUUCUUGAACUCUUGACAACUCGAUCCGAUUCUGUCUUUGAUAUCCUGACAAGUAUGUAUGGAUCUGAACGUAUGAAAUCUGAUGUUGAGUUACAAAGGGAAGCAUCUCAAGCCGUAGAAACAUGGAGUUUAAGACAUGCUGAUGACAUGACAGCUAAAAUGAUGGCGGCUUGCUGUAAGUUAUGUGGCUGGGGUACUACUAAAGAUCCAAAGGAAGGUUUUAUGGAAUUACAGGCACUUGCUAAGAGAGAUGUUUGGGAAGCUUACUACUAUUUAGGCCAUUGUUAUCUUUUUGGUGUAGUAGGACAACAGAUGAAUGAAGGUUCAUACCGAUCUUCUUCUUAUAGUCUUCAGCCUGUUGAUCAUGAACAAGCCAUUUACUGGUAUAGAAAACUGAUAGAAUCUCCAACUACUAUCCAAAGUGAACGUAUUCAACUUUAUAUUGCAGAAGCUAAACUAAGAAUUGCUGCUAUCCAUUUUACAACAGGCAAAAUGAAUAAAGACAAUUUACAAGAAAAUAUCGAUUAUCUCAAAGAAAGUGUGUCUGCUGGGAAUAGAAAAUCUGAAUUUUCAUUUGGAUUUUUAAUUGAAACAGGUGUAAUUGAUGAUAAAGUCAGUGCGAAGGAAUAUUAUACUCAAAGUGCUAAUAAAGGCUAUACUCCGUCUCAGAUUCAAUUAGCAUUAAUUUUAUUAAAAGAAAAUUCUUCAGAAGCCAUUUCUUGGUUAAAAAAAGCUUCUAGAUUGGGGGAUCCCAGGGCAUUCUAUUAUCUUGGUGAAUGUUAUGAAUUUGGUAACGGUGUACAAGCGGACCCAAUUUUGGCUGUUCAAUAUUAUCAAAAUGCUGCAGACAGAUAUAGUCAUCCUAUGGCUGGAUUUCGACUUGGUCUACACUACCUCCAUGGUGGACUUAAUUUGUUAAAAGAUAAUGCAAAGGCAUUCUAUUAUCUUGAACGUGCCGCGAAAUCAGGUUACCCUGAUGCUCAAUAUCUUAUUGGUAUGAUGUAUCGCGAUGGUAAAGUCCCCUCUACCACUCGGUCUUCACCAAGGAUGUAUUCUAAUGGAGAUACAAUAUCAACACGUCACAAGAAGGAAGCAUUUCGAUGGAUCCGACGAGCUGCUUUACAAGAUAUGCAUACCGCUAUCACUCAGAUGGCUAACUUUUACGAAGAAGGUGUUGGUUGUCCUGUGAAUUAUUCACUUGCUGAAGAAUAUUAUGAAAUUGCUGUUAGUAAACCUGGUAAACACCUUCCUAGUGCUCAACAAACGUAUGCAAGGUUUUUACACAAAAAUGGCCAUUAUCAAAGAGCACUUGACAUGUAUCUGUAUGCAUCCGGAAUGAAACAAUCUCUAUUAAAUACUUAUCCUCCUUCCGAUAUCAUCUCUCGUACAGCUAAACGUAUGGUUGCUCUUUUUUAUCUUGAUGAAAAGGAUACAACGACUCCCUUUAAACCAAAAGAAGCAUUUGAUAUCUUGACUUCCUUGACUCAUUUACCUGGAAGUGAUGCAGACGCUGAAUAUUGGAUUGCUGUAUGCCAUGAAGAAGGUGUGGGUGACAUUAUUCCUAAAAACCUCUCUCUAGCUUAUAAACAUUAUGUUAUUUCUGCUAAUCUUGGUUCAAGUGAUUCACAAUUUCAGGUUGGUCAUAUGCUUUGUAAAGGUAUUGGAGUAAAAGAAGACCGAAUGGCAGCCUUUGAAUGGCUACAAAAGUCUGCAGAAAAGAAUAAUCCUAAAGCUCUUUAUUACAUUGGAAUCUAUUACUAUAAUGGAUAUGACUCAAUUAAAUGCAACUAUGAUAAAGCAUGCUAUUACUUUAAACGUGCUGCUGAACUUGGACAUACUGAAUCCAUGGUAUCCUACGCACAAAUUUGUCAAGAAAAACUAAAAAAUAGUAUUAGCAAAUUAUCAGCUUCAGAGAUAGAAACUUUACGGUCUGAUUCCCUUAAGUGGUACUCUCGAGCUGCAAAGGAAAAUCAUAUUACUGGUUUACGUGAAUUAGGUCGACUUUAUGGUGCUAAAGGCGAAUUUAAAACCUCAAUGGAAUUUUAUGUUAAGGCCGCCAAUCUCAAUGAUGCUUUAUCUGCUUUAUUCUUGGGCGGCUAUUAUGAAAAUGGGCAGGGCGUUACUCAAGAUAAACAAACUGCUCUUAAGUUUUAUAUGAAAGCAAUUGAACUUGGUCAAUCAACAGCUUUGUUUGCUGUUGCUGAACUGUAUGAAAAAUUACAAGAUUAUGAAAAAGCUUAUAUUUAUUAUGAACGUGUUACUAAAGAUACAAGAAUACCUAAAACAUAUAAAUCCAGAAAAACCUCUCUUUUAAAAAUGGCUCUUUAUAGCUUAAAUUAUGACCCAAAUACUAUCUUUUCAAAAAGCCGUUCCUCUCCUUUAGCGAAACAAAAUAAGUUUGAAUCUAUUCCCUCCUUAUUAUCGAAAUCAGAAUCAUUUAAUAUAUUGAUGAAACUUGCUACAGAAGACAACUUUCACGAAGCUUAUAACUGGAUUGCUGAAUGUUAUAAAGAUGGUAGAGGUGUGAUACAAGAUAUAUCUGAAUCUCUUAAAUGGCGUAUGAAGGCUUGCCAAGGAGUAACUGACGCUCAUUCUACUUUAAAACUUACAUCUAUAUGUGAAAAUGAUACAAAAGGUGUGCAAACAAUUCCUAUAUAA